UUGGUUGGACUCCUUGCUACUUUCUUUCACUUCACUCCCUCACAAAUCUCCAAGUUUCGUUUAUUAAUUGUUAAUAAAACCCAAACACCACUGCCAUCAUCAUCAUCAUCGUCGUCCCAUUUCAAUUCAAGCACAAAGAUUUAGAUACUGGAAGUCAAGUGGGUUUGUUGAAAGAAAAAAGGAAUUACCCAGACAAGAUCACUCAGUUCAAACCAUAAAGUCGAUUCCUUUUCCGUAAGAUUAUCCAGAAAUUUCCGUUGUUUCUUUCACCUUUCUCUCUUAUCUUUCAUGUUCGUAAACACACACACGCACACCAAGUGUUUGAUAUAUGAUUUGCAUCUAGUUAGGAUCAUCCUGGUGCGAGUAAUUCAGCUAAAACUUGAGUCAAUGGUGGCUUGAUUUCGUAUGAAGCAUUCAGAUAGAGAUCUCCAGUUCUGGGUAUAUAUGAUGUGUAAGAACUGUAAAAUGGUACUGAAACCACCAAGAAAAAAUGUGUUGGGCUUUAUGGAUCAAGUAUAGGAAGAAUUGACUGACAGUAAACUGGUCAAACCUGAAGAUUUAUGAUACUGGUGUUUUCAUGCACAAAGUGGGACCCUUGUUGUCAUGCGUCCACUCCUUUGUCAUGGGUACCUUUCUUGGUGCAUUCUUGCUGGACAUAUCUUCGUAAUUGUGCUCUCAAUGAGUUCAGGGCAAUACGAAAGAAAUUUCACUGACAAAGGAACUGGAUCAUCUAUCGACACUGGACCUUUUCCAACUGUUGGUUCUGAAAUUUCAACUUUGAACUAUAUACAAAGAUGGGAUGAUCCACCAUUGUCAUAUAAUGGGAUCUCUUGCGAAGAACUGGGAGGUGUGGGGUCAUUUGACACUACCUGCUUACUGAACUCAGAUGUUAAUAUAAGUUCUGAUCUUUAUGUAUCAGCUAGUGGAAAUAUCGAGAUCCUUCCUUCUGUUUUGAUUGUUUGUCCCAUAGAAGGUUGCGUGAUUAGCUUCAAUCUCUCUGGAAACAUCAAAGUUGGAAAAAAUUCUGCUAUCAUUGCUGGUUCUGUUAUUUUCUCUGCAGCUAAUAUGAGUAUGGAAUCUUAUUCCUCGAUAAACACCACAGCUAUGGGUGGAGCACCACCUUCUCAAACUAGUGGCACUCCGGUAGGGCAUGAAGGUGCUGGUGGGGGGCAUGGUGGUAGAGGGGCUUCUUGUUUAAGGAAUAAUAACACAACGUAUUGGGGUGGUGAUGUUUAUGCUUGGUCUACGUUGCCUUAUCCAUGGAGUUAUGGAAGCAAGGGCGGUGGCACAUCAGAUGAACAUAAGUAUGGAGGGAAUGGUGGUGGGCGUGUUAAGCUUAUUGUGAAGGACCUUCUUUAUAUGAACGGAUCACUGCUAGCAGAAGGAGGGGAUGGAGGACUAAAUGGUGGAGGCGGAUCUGGUGGAAGCGUUGUCAUACAUGCUUUAAAACUGAAGGGUUUUGGCAUCGUCAGUGCAUCUGGCGGAAGUGGGUGGGGUGGUGGUGGUGGAGGAAGAGUUUCUCUUGACUGUCACAGCAAGCAAGAAGACAUAAAAGUGAAAGUCCAUGGUGGUCACAGUAUUGGCUGUCCGAUGAAUGGUGGAGCAGCGGGUACUUGUUUUGAUGCAUAUUUACUGAGCUUGAGAGUUGACAAUGACAAUGUCACUACAGAAACAGAAACUCCUUUACUUGAUUUCUCCACUAGCCCGUUGUGGACGAAUGUUUACAUUGAAAAUGAUGCAAAAGUUUUGGUGCCACUACGUUGGAGCAGAGUUCAGGUGAGAGGACAAAUUAAACUAGAUUGUGGUGGCAGCAUCAUCUUUGGGUUGUCCGAUUUUCCAGUGUCUGAGUUUGAGCUUGUUGCAGAAGAACUUCUUAUGAGUGAUUCCACCAUAAAGGUCUAUGGUGCACUUAGAGCUACCUUCAAAAUGGUGCUCAUGUGGAACGCUCAAAUCCAAGUUGAUGGUGGUGGCAGCACACUUUACACUAUUUCAGUUCUUGAAGUUCGUAACCUUAUUGUUCUGCGGGAAAAUUCCAGCAUCAACUCAAAUACGAACUUGGCUGUUUAUGGCCAAGGACUUCUGAGGUUGACUGGUCAGGGUGAUGCAAUCAAAGCGCAAAGACUUUCCCUUUCACUAUUCUAUAACAUAACUAUUGGGCCUGGUUCUUUGCUUGAAGCUCCAUUGGAUGAUGAUAAUAGUAAAAGCAUGGCAACCAAAUCUCAUUGUGAGAAUCCAACAUGCCCAAGAGAUUUGAUUUAUCCACCUGAUGAUUGUCAUGUCAAUGACACACUUUCUUUUUCACUACAAAUUUGUCGCGUUGAAGACAUAGUUGUGAAUGGCAUAAUUAAGGGGAGUAUCAUUCAAAUCCACAGGGCUAGGACUGUCAUUGUGGAGACAGAAGGCAUGAUAACUGCUUCCGAAUUAGGUUGUCGAAACGGUUUCGGUUUGGGAAACUAUUCAAAUGGAGCUGGUGGUGGGGCCGGGCAUGGGGGCAGAGGGGGUACUGGAUUGUACGAUGGAAGGCUUAGUGAAGGUGGCAGCACAUAUGGUAAACCAGAUCUUCCCUGUGAACUGGGAAGUGGAACUCUUGGUCCUAAUGAGUCUGUUGGACGUGUUGCUGGAGGAGGAAUGAUAGUGAUGGGAUCUAUUCUAUGGCCUCUUACAAAGCUUGACAUAUAUGGAUCCAUGAGGGCUGAUGGUCAAAGCUACGGGAAUGCAACGACAAACAGUAAUGGCACUCUGAUUGGAGGAUUAGGCGGUGGUUCUGGUGGAACCGUUCUUCUUUUCAUACAGGCAAUUUCUCUCUUUGAUAACUCCUCUUUGUCUGUUGCCGGAGGCCAUGGUGUCUCUGUUGGGGGUGGCGGUGGAGGAGGUGGAAGAGUUCAUUUCCACUGGUCCAAAAUUGGCACGGGAGAUGAAUAUGUUCCUCUUGCAAUGAUAAAUAGUACCAUCAGCACAUGGGGUGGUGAAGGGGAUGGGGAGGCUCUUCCUGGAGAGGAGGGUACAAUAACUGGAAGGAAAUGCCCCAAAGGGCUUUAUGGCACAUUUUGUGAGGAAUGUCCAGUUGGCACUUUUAAAGAUGUUGAAGGCUCAGAUGAUGAUCUCUGUACUCCUUGUUCCCUUGAAAACCUUCCCAGACGUGCAUUUUUUGUACAUGUUCGAGGUGGAGUCCCCGAGUCAUUUUGCCCCUACAAAUGCAGAUCAGAAAAAUACAGGAUGCCAAACUGCUACACACCUCUUGAAGAGCUGAUAUACACAUUUGGAGGACCCUGGCCUUUUGCUCUAAUGCUUUCAUGUGUGGUGAUUCUUCUUGGUCUGUUUCUAAGUACGCUCAGAGUUAAGCUUGUUGGACAAGCUUACGCUUAUGAAAAAGUAGAUUCAAAUGAUCACAGCAAUCACCACCAUUUUCCUUCUCUUCUUUCCCUAUCUCAGGUCCGAGGAACAAGAGCUGAUGAAACUCAGAGCCAUGUCUAUCGAAUGUAUUUUUUGGGUCCCAAUACAUUUAGAGAACCCUGGCAUCUUCCUUACUCUCCUCCUGAUGCGAUCAUUGAUAUUGUAUAUGAAGAUUCGUUUAACAGAUUUAUUGAUGAGAUAAACUCAGUGGCUGCAUAUGAUUGGUGGGAAGGAUCAGUUCACAGUAUACUUUCAUUGCUUGCUUAUCCUUGUGGCUGGUCUUGGAAACAGUGGCGUCGGAGAUACAAAAUCAAUCGGCUUCAGGAGUUUGUCAAGUCUGAAUAUGAUCAUUCUUGUCUUCGCUCCUGCCGAUCAAGAGCUUUAUAUAAAGGGAUGAAGGUUGGUGCGACGCCAGAUUUAGUAGUUGCAUACAUCGAUUUCUUCUUGGGUGGCGAUGAGAAGCGUUUAGACAUGGUAACAAGUAUUCAAAAAAGGUUCCCAAUGUGCAUAAUUUUUGGUGGAGCAGGAAGCUACAUGUCACCUUACAAUCUUCAUAGUGAUACUUUGCUGACGAAUCUUAUAGGACAGCAUGUUCCCUCAAGUGUUUGGAAUCGUUUGGUGGCUGGUUUAAAUGCCCAGUUGAGAACCGUGAGAAGUGGAUCCAUACGGUCUGCUUUAGUUCCUGUUAUUAACUGGAUAAAAACUCAUGGAAACCCCCAGCUUGAGUUUCAUGGGGUUAAAAUUGAGCUUGGAUGGUUUCAAGCCACUGCUAGCGGUUUCUAUCAGUUGGGCAUUUUGGUAAUUGUUGGUGAUGAUUCUCUCCACAACCUCCACCAGCCUGAUUUGAUAGAAAACAGUGAAGAAUCGCCAAGGCAUUUUGCAACCAUUCCAGACAAGAGUCUGAAGCAGUUGCAACCGAGUCAAUCGUAUACAAGUCAUGCAUUAACUCGUAAAAGGGUAGCAAGUGGAGUUAAUGGUGCCAUCAUCAACGAUGCUUCUUUAAAAUCCUUGGAUUUUCGGAGGGAUUAUUUCUUUCCGUUUUCUUUAUUUUUGCACAACACAAGACCUACUGGGCGGCAGGGUACGCUACAGCUCCUGAUAUGUAUCUUGCUUCUAUCAGACCUUUCUGUCACUCUCCUCAUAUUGCUCGAGUUCUAUUGGAUCUCUCUUGGGGCUUUUCUAGCUGUUCUGCUGAUUCUACCUUUGUCAUUGCUUUCCCCUUUCCCGGCGGGUUUGAAUGCCUUAUUUAGUAGAGGUCAUAAAAGGGCUUCACUUGCACGUAUCUAUGCACUGUGGAAUUCUACCUCUGUUUCAAACAUUGUUGUGUCAUUCAUGUGCGGCAUGAUUCAUUAUGGAUUUUUGUCGUUCCAGACAUAUGAGGAGCCAAAUGCAUGGCAAAACAGAAGUGAGGAUGAUGCUUGGUGGUUGCUACCGACACUGCUGAUGCUAUUGAAGGUAAUCCAAGCGCGGUUUGUUGACUGGCACAUAGCAAACCUAGAAGUCGAAGAUUUUUCACUCUUUUGUCCUGAUCCUGAUACCUUUUGGGCGUAUGAGACGACUUUAUGAAAUACAUUUUGCUUCUUUGAUGUAUAUAGAUGUAGAAAGGUGGUGGUAUAUUCGUGUACAUCUGUUUGCUAGCGUUUUCUUCCGUAUUUUGCGAGUGAUUUUAGAGAUAUAUAUAGGUUGAGAAAUAGUAUAUAUAGAGAGAGAUUAUAAACUGAAGAGUCUUGGUACACCACUAGACUUUUUUACUCUUCAGGUGAUCAUCAUUUUGCUGCUGGGAAUGCAAGAUUACUUCUCUAACUUUUGUGCUUAAUUUUUGCUAAGUUUGUUGGGUAUUUUAUACUAGUUUAGAAUAUGAAGAUUGCUAUUAUA